UGGCAUUCCCUCCAGUGUGUGAUGCUGAAGAUGGCGUGUUGUGGGAGCUGUUUGUGUUGUCAGUGCUGUUGUAGGGAGGGAGAAACCAGAACGCCGGAGGAGCUGACGAUUCUGGGCGAAACCAGGGAAGACGAAGAUGAAAUAUUACCACGCAAGGACUACGAGAGUUUGGAUUAUGACCGCUGUAUUAAUGAGCCAUAUGUGGAGGUGUUGGAGGGGAUGGACAACAAGAAAGCCAAAAAGUAUGAAGCUGUCAAGUGGAUGUUGGUGUUUGCUAUUGGAGUAUCUACAGGCCUGAUUGGUGUGUUUGUCGAUUUCUUCGUGCACCUUUUCACCCAGCUGAAGUUCAGACUGGUUGGAUCAUCUGUGGAGGAGUGCAGUGAAAAAGGCUGCCUUGCUUUGUCAUUGCUUGAACUCCUAGCAUUCAACAUGGCGUUUGUCUUUAUAGCCAGCAUCCUGGUUCUGAUCGAGCCUGUGGCAGCUGGAUCAGGUAUUCCAGAAAUCAAAAGUUACCUAAAUGGUGUGAAGAUUCCCGGCAUCGUGCGAUUGCGCACAUUCGUGUGCAAAGCCGUCGGGGUUCUGUUCGCCGUAGCUGGAGGUUUGUUUGUGGGGAAAGAGGGACCCAUGAUACACAGUGGAGCCAUUGUAGGGGCUGGACUCCCCCAGUUUCAGAGCAUCACCUUCAAGAAAAUCCGCUUUCAAUUUCCCUACUUCCGUAGUGACAGGGAUAAGAGGGAUUUUGUGUCUGCGGGAGCGGCAGCAGGAGUGGCUGCGGCAUUUGGGGCUCCCAUUGGGGGUACGCUCUUUAGUCUGGAGGAAGGAUCGUCUUUUUGGAAUCAAGCUCUGACAUGGAAAGUGUUGUUCUGCUCCAUGUCGGCCACCUUCACGCUCAACUUUUUUCGCUCUGGCAUCAACUAUAACAAAUGGGGUUCCUUCCAGCUCCCUGGCCUGCUCAACUUCGGAGAGUUUAAGUGUGCAGAUGGGGAUAAGAAGUGUCACCUGUGGACAGCAGCGGACUUGGCCUUCUUCGUUCUGAUGGGUUUAGUGGGCGGCCUGCUCGGAGCUAUGUUCAACUGCAUCAAUAAGCGACUCGCCAAGUACCGCAUGAGGAACGUCCACCCCAAAGCCAAAUUCAUUAGGGUGCUGGAGAGUCUCCUGGUGUGUCUGGUCACUACCGUGGUGAUAUUCGUGGCCUCCAUGACCCUGGGAGAGUGCAGGGAUUUGGUCUCACCAGCAUCCAACAACACGACCGUGCUAGUGUCAGGAAAUGAGGAUGUGAACUCGACGAUACGACGGUUCUUCUGCUCCAACAAGACCUACAAUGACAUGGCAACUCUUUUCUUCAACCCUCAGGAGACUGCAAUUCAUCAGCUUUUCCACCAAGAUGCCACCUUUAGUCCGGUCACCCUCUCACUGUUCUUUGUGCUGUACUUCUUGCUGAGCUGUUGGACGUAUGGCGUCUCGGUCCCUAGUGGACUCUUUGUCCCUUCACUACUGUGUGGAGCUUCUUUUGGGCGCCUAGUGGCCAACAUCCUCAAAAUGAAUUUUAGUAUGCACAUAUACUCUGGGACUUUUGCUCUGAUUGGAGCAGCUGCUUUUCUGGGAGGCGUGGUGCGCAUGACCAUCAGCCUGACAGUCAUCCUCAUCGAAUCAACCAACGAGAUCACGUAUGGUCUUCCCAUCAUGAUUACACUAAUGGUGGCCAAAUGGACAGGAGAUUUAUUUAAUAAAGGUAUUUAUGAUAUUCAUAUUCAUCUGAGAGGAGUGCCACUGCUCGAGUGGGAGACGGAAGUAGAAAUGGACAAACUAAUCGCCAGCGACAUCAUGGAGCCCAACCUGACUUAUGUGUAUCCCCACACACGCAUCCAGUCACUGGUCAGCAUCUUGAGGACCACCGUGUAUCACGCCUUCCCUGUGGUCACAGAAAACCGUGAUAAUGAAAAAGAGUUCAUGAAGGGGAACAUCUUAGUCAGCAACAACAUCAGAUUUAAGAAAACAAGUGUGUUGACACGGGCAGGGGAGCAGAGACGGAGGUGCCAGUCGAUGAAAUCGUACCCUUCCAGUGAACUGCGCAACAUGUGUGAUGAGCAGGUAGGGGUGGAGCUAGCUGAGGAAGGUCAGGACAUCCUGCAGCAGAUGCUGGACAGGAGACAUGUGCCGUACCCCAGUCUGUACCCGGAUCAGUCCCCCAGUGAGGAGUGGAGUAUGGAGGAGCGGUUCCGCCCACUCACUUUUCAUGGCCUCAUCCUGCGCUCGCAGCUCGUUAACCUGCUCAUUCGCGGAGUGUGUUACGCCGAAAACCAGUCGAGCGCAUCUCAGCCGCGUCUCUCGUACGCCGAGAUGACUGAGGAUUACCCACGUUUCCCUGACAUUCACGAUCUAGACCUCGCCCUCCUCAACCCACGCAUGAUCGUGGAUGUGACUCCGUACAUGAACCCAAGUCCGUACACAGUCUCUCCAAACACGCACGUCUCUCAGGUCUUUAACCUGUUCAGGACUAUGGGGCUCCGGCAUCUGCCUGUGGUCAAUGCAGUAGGAGAGAUUGUGGGAAUCAUUACAAGGCACAACUUGACCCAUGAGUUUUUAAUGGCUAAGCUUAGACAGCAUUCCAUCACCAUCUGAGAUGAGCUCUCGCUUCAUCCGUUAUCUGCUGCAGCUCUGACAGUCCUGUGUGUGUGUGUGUGUGUGUGUGUGUGUGUGUGUGUGUGUGUGUUGUAUGUCUGUGUGUGCACAUGUGAGGGAUCCACAUCUCAAAUUGGACUUGGAUAGAAAUGCAGCUUUCACUGUUCGGACUUUCCUGGCUAUUUCCACUACAACACGGUAAAGCAAGUUCAUAGUGACUGACACUCACACACACACACACACACUCACACACAGACUUUAUCAUACAAAUUUAAAAGCUGUACACGAACUCAACAUUAAACGCUGCCCACAUUCUCAUGUAAUAUAUGAACUGAACUUUCACCUUGCUUUCCAAAUCCUGCACUUUUUCUUUUUUUACAUUUUUUUGUUUGUUUUCUGACAUAUUUGUGUUAAUAGGCUUUUGCACUAAAUGUUCAUUUCAGAAUGUAAUGGCUGAAAUGAGGCCAGAUAGAAAAGAAAUUAUGGCAUUAAAACAAUACAUCAUAUCAUUAUAGUGGGUAUAGAUACGCAUGUCCACCCUGCAGUGUUUUCGUAUAUGAUUUAGCUCCUUCAUAAAUGUCCUAAUUUCAAGUCAGGUGUCAAAUUGCGAUUAAAACUAAAUGUGUACAAGCUCA